AUGGAUUUUGAUGUGGGUGAUUUUUGUAGCCAUUGUCCGAUGCACGUGGGGGUCGACUCUCAAGCUCCAUGCUUUGAAAUCGAUCACAGCGAAGUCGACAUGGAUGAAGCAACCCUUAUCGGAGAGGGAGCAUAUGGUGAAGUUUAUCUGGUAAACUGGCGUGGCACUGAAGUUGCGGCAAAGACAAUCCGUUCUUCGAUCGCAUCAAAUCCUAAAGCAAAAAAUGCCUUUCUGAAGGAAUUGGCUUUGUGGCAAAGGUUGCGCCACCCUAAUAUAGUGCAGUUCCUUGGUGUUCUAAAGCACUCUGAUCGAUUGAUCUUCCUCACCGAGUACCUCCGGAAUGGAAGUUUGUAUGAUAUUUUGAGAAAGAAGGGAAGACUUCAUCCACAAACAGCCAUCUCCUAUGCUCUUGAUAUUGCAAGAGGCAUGAACUAUCUUCACCAGCAUAAACCACAUGCUAUUAUACACCGAGAUUUGACGCCAAGAAAUGUGUUACAAGAUGAAGCUGGCCGCCUUAAGGUUACCGAUUUCGGUUUGAGCAAACUUGCACAGGAAAAGGAUUCCUAUGGUUACAAAAUGACUGGAGGAACUGGUUCAUAUCGUUAUAUGGCACCCGAGGUUUACCGCCGAGAAUCCUAUGGGAAGAGCGUUGAUGUCUUCUCCUUUGCUUUGAUACUGCACGAGGUAACUUAAAUUGUAAGCAUGGAUUGUUUAUAAAAUGAUAUAGCUUACAUGGCAGAUCAAGCAAGGCUACUUAAGUAUCAUAUGGUUGUUGCUGUAUAUUUCCUCACAGAUGUUCCAAGGAGGACCGUCAAACAGGGAGGAAACAGGCGAACAAAUCGCUGACAAGAGAGCAUACGAGGAUUCGAGGCCACCUCUCUCUUCAUUCAUAUACCCCGAACCGAUCAAAAUGUGAAUUCUCUCGGUUCACCGUGCUAAUAUAAGGCUACCCUUGACAAUUUUUAUCAUCAACCAAAUUUAGAACUUGAGGUAAUGAUUGUA